GAGUCUGGGGCGAUGCUGGCCAACCACAGCAGCCAGAUGAUGUUGGCAAAGGCGGCAAGAAGGGCAAGGGGCGUAAGGGCAAGGGCAAGGGUCAGGACGACGCGUGUGGAGGAGGCCCAGCCUUGCCUCUGGCGCCAGGGGCCCAGUUCCUGGUGGCCCAGCCUAAGGAAGCGAACUCUGACAUGGAGAUCAGCGGCCUUAAGCAGCUGGUGGCGAUGUUGGAGCGAGCUGGUGACACAGCCGCGGCGGCGAAGCACAGGAGGGCCCUCCUUGAGAAGAAGCGCAAAGCGGCUGAGAAGGAGUACGUCGCUCCACUGUCCCAGCGGGUCACCUUGGCCCACGAGCAGGUGGCGGAAGCUAAUCAGAAGUUGGAGAAGGCUGUGGCCUACUUCGAGCGCCUCUCUGAGGGGCUCGAUCAGCAGCGCCAGUGGGUGCAGCAACUCCCGGACGAGCUUGAGGAGCGCGAGGCGGCGCACCGCAGGCUGGUGGUGGAGCUCAAUGCGAAGUUCGUACCGCCGCAGCAGGACGCCCAGCCACAGGCGCUCAGCGUGGCAGGCAUCUUGGACGGCACGAUUGAGUCGAUCCCUCUGUCCUUCGCGGGCCUGGGCUUCGAUGAUGCAGGAUAUGAUAUGGAGGUGGCUGACAAACGCGAGCUGGCUGACCGCACAGCUAGACUGCAGUCUGAGUUGUCGGCGGCGGUCCGAGCCAUGUUCGGGCAGGCGGCUGAGAAGGCCAAGGCCUUCAAGACCGAGCAGGAGCAGAUGGCACUGCGCCUUGCAGGCAAGCGCAGGCGACUGCAGCAGCCUGAGGGGGCCAGCUCCUCACGAAGGCGCGCUGCUGGUGAUCGAGCUGGCCCAGCAGUGCGGGACGGUGCAGAUCGGCCCGCUCCUGGCUCCAUGGGGCUGCCGCCGCCAGAGCCCAUCGACGAGGGCGGGCCUGAGGCGGCCUUCUACGACGAUAUCACGGCGUCGGCUGCCAGAUGGAUUCCUCGUCUGCAGUCGCCUGAGUCAGGGGCGGACAGCUGGAUGAGGUGGUGCAAGCCCUACGUCAGGGAGCUGCGUCUGCAGGCCUGGGACUUUGACUGGGUGCAGGAGGCUCGCCAGGGCAGGACCGUUGACCAGAUGGCGGAAGACAUCUGCACGGAGUCCUGGCAUGAUGGAGCUGAUAAUCGUGUAAACAUCCUCGGCUUCUUUGACUGGGCUGCGGAGCAUGACAGGGAGAUGCCGCGCUGGGCCCUCCGCCGCCACUGGGAGGAGCUGCGCAGGAUCAAAAAUGAGAUGAGGGACCUGCUUGGCCCGCCUCGUGAUGAGGGUCAGCGGACCUCCGACGUGACUGAGGUCGAUGUGGAAGCUGCGCUGGCGACUGGAGCCGAGGGCUGCGACUCUGUCGCGCCCUGGCUGCACCAGCGGAGUCUUGGGAGCAGAGCGGAGAUCGUCUACUUCGAGUCCGGCUGGGCUGAGCAGAAGCAGACCACGGGCAAGGACCAGUACCGUUUCUAUUUCGCCAACGCCACGUCUUGUGGCCAGAAGGCGUGGUGCUACCUGAACCAGUCAGAUGGUGAUUUUGCUGUCUCGGACACCGAGGUGCAGGCGAUCAAGAGGCUCAGUCGGUCAGGCUGGGCUGUGACUUCCCAGUCGGCAGUUGGCACAGCGCGUGGUGGAUAUCAUGGCGGGGUCUGGGCCAUGACCAGGAAGUGGCUGCGGAAUGCGCCGCUUUACCCUGAGGUGAAGAGAGCAGUGCAGGAGGAGCGGGCCACGAGCAUGGAGACGCAGUGGACCAGCCAGGCGGUGCGCAUGCGGGACAUCAAUGCCGCCUUCGUCUCGCUGUACCUGGUCACGGGACUGGGCCUGCAAGGGGAGAACACCACCAUCCUCGCAGAGGUGGCAGGGUACGUUCGCUCUCAGGGCAAGCCGCACGUCAUCGCUGGCGACUGGAACAUGGAGAUAGACGAGGUGGCGGAGAGUGGCAUUCAGACCUACCUCCACGGCGUCUUCCGAGCUGCUCCUGAGGAGGCCCCUGGCGGAGCCAG